UUUAUUUCCUACUUCCUGGUCCAAACUUUAGUCAUCAUCAAUAUGUCGCCGUCAACUGCGCGCUGUCUUUAAACAUUUGACAUAAAAUCUUAAAUCAAUACACGCAAAAUGUUAUCAAACAGCUGCUUGUCUUCAUAAAGGACUGGAAAUUAUUCUUCCCCUAAGAAAAAUGGCAGACCCAAAUCGAACUCAGCGUAAGCUGUCCACAGCUGGACAAAGUUUAUACGUUACAUUAGGCCUGGAGAAAGGCGCUUCAGCUGAAGAUCUCAAAAAGGCAUACAGGAAACUGGCACUGAAGCAUCACCCAGAUAAAAACCCCAACAAUCCAGAAGCGGCUGAGAAGUUUAAAGAGAUCAACAAUGCCAACACCAUUCUCAACGAUAUAACCAAACGGCAGAUUUAUGACGAGUACGGCUCUAUGGGCCUGUACGUCGCCGACCAGUUCGGAGAAGAUGCGGUGAAAUACUACUUCCUGAUGUCCAAAUGCUGGUUUAAGACGCUGCUGGUGUUUUCGAUGAUCUUCACGGGCUGCUGCUGUUGUUUCUGCUGUUGUUUCUGCUGUGGGAAAUGUGGAGGCUCGGCGAACGAAGAUCAUUUUGAGUAUAUGGAUCCAGAAGAGCUGGCAGCUGAGAUGUCAGAAGAGCAGAAAAGAGGCAAUGACACAGUCAUCACAGGACAGCCGAUUCCAUGUCAAGAACCUGGACAUUCAGAAAACACUGUGAUUGUGGGAAUGCCCAUUCCAGCUCAAUUCUCUGAAUAUUCAGAUGGAGACACUGUCACCCUCGUCCCUCCAGACACACACUUGGAUAUGACACAAUAAUAGUCGUUGUUUCUGUCUCACCGAUGUCUCACUGAAGGUUUUUGUUGCUAAACUGUGGUUUAGUCUCAGUGGUUUGUAUUACACACAGCGUCUGUGCAAUAUGUGCGGCUUGUUUACAUCUUUUUAAUGUUUCUUUUGUAACAUAAUUGCUUAAAUGUUCCUGUAUUUGUAUUGCAAAGACACUUUAUUCUCCCAAAUAAUGCUCACAUAGAUGAUUUGUAGAAAAACGGUUGUCAACCGUAAAAUGGGUCACAGGUUUGUUCUGAUCAUUAAUAUCAUCAUCUCUUCUCCCUCUUGUGGUUGAAAACAUGUGUAUGAUUCUUUCUUCAGUGCAUGGAACACAAAAGAAAAUCUAUUUUGAGGAAAUGUCUCUGUGGUUUUGUGUUCACACAAUCGAGUUCAAUGUUGUUUGAUUAUCAAUGUUCUUCAAAAUAUGUUUUUGUGUGUUGCUCACACUUCUGCUGUUGUUUUUUGCAUGUAUAAAUUAAGUUAGGUUGAUUUAGCAUUUUUUCGAGCCACAUUACAUUGAUUGAUUUGAGGUUUAUUCACUUGUGUACGAUCACCGUAAACAGUUUUUGUACUGUCACAACGUUUUUCCUAAAUUACAGAGUUCUCAUCAUGUACACUGAAACACAACAUGUGUCAAAAUCAGAAUUACCGGCAGAUUGUCACAAUGGACGUUGAACUUCUGUUGACUUCAGGAAAGAUGUUGAGACUAUCAAUGCAGUCUGAUAAAGAAAACAACGACUAAUCUUUGCUAUCUGUGUGUACAUUAAUAGGGAUCAUUUAUCAAUUGAAAUGAAAAUUGAGAAUGAUUUAUUCUGAGUGCUUUGUCAACUUCAGUGAGCUUUGAAUGGAGCUGAACUCGGAACUGACCAUUACAUUAGACACAUUAAAAAAAUAAUUUAUUAUUUGAUCAUUUACUGUUGAUCGUUUUGUGUUUUGCAAUGUUUAAAAUUAUGAGAGUUUAUACAGUACAUAUUAAAUGUGUGUUUUAUUCUGUUGUUUAUGAUGGUAAUGCUGCACAGCCUCAGGGAUUUUAUAUGCCACCUGCAAUGAGGACAACAUUGAUUGUGAGGAUUAUAAAAAAUAAAUAAAUGAAUACUCUGUCUGCUCAA